GCGCUGCCUUAAAAGAUGAAUCCUUAAAUCCGGGAGUUUGCUUCGUUUAUUUCGGAUCUUCUUAUUCGAUUUAUCUUCUCGGAUUGUUCUGAGUAUAAGAGAAACGUGGAGGUGCACCUGAGGGACAAAAGCCUGCCAGCUGAUCGUGUUUAUUCAUUCAUCUGGUGGAAUUGAAUGGUGGAGUGCGUGCGUGUGCGCCACCGCUUCAGCCUGAGGAGGAACAUCACCGUCCACCGCGAAUCUGAGCUGAGAUACACCGACACAGGACGGAUUUUGCUGAACUGAAUCAGCAGAAUUUGAAUGUGUAGGUAGGGGAUUGAGGAGGCUGAAGGUGAAGAUGUGGCUCCACCCGGAGGAGGUGCUGCUGGCCGGCGCGCUUUGGGUGACCGAGCGCGCAAACCCGUACUUUAUCCUGCAGAAGAGGAAGGGACAUGGAGAUGGAGGUGGAGGAGGACUAGCCGGUUUGUUGGUGGGAACUCUUGACGUGGUGCUGGACUCAAGUGCUCGUGUGGCUCCGUACAGGAUCCUUUACCAAACGCCUGACUCUCUGGUGUAUUGGAUCAUUGCUCAUGGGAGCUCUCAUAGAGAGAUUACUGAGCACUGGGAGUGGCUGGAACACAACCUCCUGCAGACACUCUCUAUAUUUGAGAAUGAAAACGACAUCACUACCUUUGUUAAAGGCAAGAUCCAGGGCAUCAUUGCUGAAUACAACAAAAACCACGAUGUUAAGGAGGACGACGAUACAGACAAAUUUAAAGAAGCCACGGCUAAGUUCCGAAGGCUGUUUGGGAUGCCGGAGGAGGAGAAGCUGGUGAACUAUUACUCCUGCAGCUACUGGAAAGGUCGAGUGCCCAGACAGGGCUGCCUUUACCUCAGCAUCAACCACAUCUGCUUCUACUCCAACCUCCUGGGCAAGGAGGCCAAGCUGGUGGUCCGUUGGGCAGACAUCACACAGCUGGAGAAGUGCGCCACCCUGCUGCUGCCGGACAUGGUGCGAGUGAGCACCCGCAGUAACGAGCAUGUCUUCUCUGUCUUCAUCAACAUUAACGAGACCUUUAAGCUAAUGGAACAGCUGGCCAACAUCGCCAUGCGCCAACUCCUGGACAACAAGGGCUUCGAGCAGGACCGCUCACUGCCCAAACUUAAGAGGAAAUCACCUAAGAAAGUGUCAGCCCUCAAAAGAGACCUGGACGCCAGGGCUAAGAGUGAGCGCUAUCGGACUCUGUUCCGCCUGCCAAAAGAUGAGAAGCUGGACGGGCACACGGACUGCACCCUGUGGACCCCCUUCAACAAGAUGCACAUCCUAGGUCAGAUGUUUGUCUCCACCAACUACAUCUGCUUCACAAGUAAAGAGGAGACCACGUGCAGCCUCAUCAUCCCUCUCCGAGAGGUGACCAUCGUAGAAAAAGCUGACAGCUCCAAUGUGCUGCCCAGCCCGCUCUCCAUCAGCACCAAGAACCGGAUGACUUUCCUCUUUGCCAACCUCAAAGAUCGUGAUUUCCUGGUGCAGAGGAUCUCUGACUUCCUGCAGCAGACCUCCUCCAAGAUUUACUUUGAACGAGAGAUCGCUGGCAGCCUCACCAGCUCAGACGACGAGGUGUACUCUCAGCAGGGCAGUCUGCUGUCCUGCAGUCCUCAGCGCAGCAGUUUGGGCUCGGAGGGCGAGAGCGAGCGCCAGUUCAACCUCAACGACAACAGUGUUCCCACGGCAACACAGGCCCUCAUGACUAUGUACCGCCGUCGCUCGCCGGAGGAGUUCAACCCCAAGCUGGCUAAAGAGUAUCUGAAGGAGCAGGCCUGGAGGAAUCACUUUGCUGAGUAUGGACAGGGUGUGUGUAUGUACCGCACAGAGAAGACCAAAGAGCUGGUGCUUAAAGGAAUUCCUGAGAACAUGAGAGGGGAACUGUGGCUGCUCUUCUCUGGGGCGAUUAAUGAGAUGGCCACUCACCCCGGCUACUACGAGGACCUGGUGGAGAAGUCGAUGGGAAAGUAUAAUUUAGCUACAGAGGAAAUUGAGCGUGAUCUUCACCGCUCACUCCCUGAACAUCCAGCCUUCCAAAACGAAAUAGGCAUCGCUGCACUGAGACGGGUCCUGACUGCUUACGCAUUCCGCAACCCCAACAUAGGCUACUGCCAGGCAAUGAACAUCGUGACGUCAGUGUUGCUGCUCUAUGCUAAAGAGGAAGAGGCUUUCUGGCUGCUGGUGGCGCUGUGUGAGAGAAUGCUACCGGACUACUACAACACCCGAGUCGUAGGUGCGUUGGUGGAUCAGGGGGUGUUUGAGGAGCUGGCGCGAGUAUACGUACCACAACUAUACGACUGCAUGCAGGAACUGGGUGUGAUCUCCACCAUCUCUCUGUCCUGGUUCCUCACGCUCUUCCUCUCCGUCAUGCCCUUUGAAAGCGCCGUCGUUGUGGUCGACUGCUUCUUCUAUGAGGGUAUCAAGCUUAUUUUCCAGCUGGCGCUGUCUGUGCUCGACGCCAACAUCCACCAGCUGCUCGGCUGCAAGGAUGAUGGAGAAGCCAUGACUGUACUGGGCAGGUAUUUGGACAGCGUGACCAAUAAAGACAGCACACUGCCUCCCAUUCCUCACCUGCACUCUCUUCUGACUGAUGAUGGAGAACCUCAUCCUGAGGUGGACAUCUUCAAACUUGUCUGCAGUUCCUAUGAGAAAUUUGGCUCUAUUCGGGCGGAUGUGAUUGAACAGAUGCGCUUUAAGCAGAGGCUGAGGGUUAUCCAGACUAUUGAGGACACUACUAAGCGCAAUGUGGUUCGAACUAUUGUAACAGAGACUGCAUUCAGUAUUGAUGAGCUGGAGGAGCUUUACACACUCUUCAAGGCCGAGCACUUGACCAGCUGUUAUUGGGGAGGUACAAGUAACCCCAUGGACCGUCAUGACCCAAGCCUGCCCUACCUGGAGCAGUAUCGUAUGGACUUGGAGCAGUUUAAGGGGUUGUUCUCAGUGCUCUUUUCCUGGGCCAGCGGUACACACACUGACGGCUUAGCUGUCCGAUUCUUCCGCCUGCUCGACCAGAAUGCAGAUUCUCUUAUCAACUUUCGUGAGUUCAUCUUCGGCCUUGGUAUCCUGUGUCAUAGUGACCUGACUGAGAAGCUGAAACUCCUCUACAAGAUGCACAUACUACCAGAUCAUGAGCCGGACGAGCCAGACUCGGCUUUUGAGGCUACACAGUACUUCUUUGAGGACAUCACCCCUGAGACCUCCAAUGGCCUGGACCCCAAGAGAAGUGAGAAAGAUGAUGGUUUUGUCAGGGUCACCUUCAAAAAUGAAAAAGUGAAGAAGAUGCAGAUGCAGGAUUACCGUACCUACAUGCGUUUAUGGAACCACGAGACAAAAUCCAAAUCAGAGAACAUGAAGAAUCUCCCAAAACUUAACCAGGGUCAGUUCAUUGAGCUGUGUAAGACGCUCUAUAACAUGUUCAGCGAGGACGCCAGCGAGCAGGAGCUGUAUCACGCUACAGCCACGGUCACCAGUCUGCUGCUAGAAAUGGGCGAGGUGGGCAAGCUUUUCUGCAGCCCGUCCAGCAAAGAGGACGACGCCGACGACGAGGAAGAGGACGAAGAGGAGGAGCGAACAUCGGUCUCCCGCAGGAAGCAGCACAGGACGCGUGGCGACUCCGUCAAUGAAAAGCUUCCGGGCUCAGCUCCGAUGGAGGACGUCAAACUGGACGAGUCGCCCAAAGACACGGGCACGUCCUCGGCCAUGCUGGUGUCCGACGACGAGACCAAAGACGAUACGUCCGUGUCUUCGUACUCGGUGCUGAGCACCGGCUCACAUGAGAUGGACGACAAGCUGCACUGUGAGGACAUCGCGGAGGACACGGUGCUGGUGCGCAGCGCCGCAGGACGAGAUCGGAUCCCACACAGCGCCAGCAUUGAUAAAGACUGGGCCAUCACUUUUGAGCAGUUCCUGGCCUCAGUGCUGACUGAACAAGCCUUGGUGAGGUAUUUUGAGAGGCCCGUGGAUAUUGCAGCCUGUAUCGCGAAUGCUAAGAAUGUGCGUAAAGCCGGGCAGACGCACCCAUCGGUCAGCGACUAUGAAAUCUCGCUGUCGGGCUAAAACAGUGGUUUUAUUGGCACUGUACUGUUUUCCUGUCUGAGAGACAUGAUGGAAUUAUAAUGAUAUUAUGGUUCAUGACUAUUACAAUGUACUUUUCGGUGUAUGGUGGGUAUUGUCAGGCUUCAGGCUGCAUUUACAAGUGCAACUAACAGUUGAACGUUAAAAUCUGGGUUUGUAUCAUUGUUUUUGCUAGAAAAAAC